GCGUCAAAUGCGAAGUUGUUUAUUGUUUAUUUGCAGUGGUCGUGUUUCUGCGCUUGGAUCAGUGCAUGCAGUGUCAUGUAAGUGUUCUGAAGUGACGCUUCGUGUCAACUUGGAGUUCUGCAGGGCGUGUCGUAGGUCGCAUAUCGUGCACAAGUGAUAACAUGGACGAGGAACAGAACGCCAAGAAAGAGGUGAGGGUCUUUGGCCGCCCUGCACUCUCGGCCAAAGUAGCCAUGUUCCAACGGAAGGCAGAAGAGCACAAGCAACAGCAGAUGGACAACCCUUUCUCGGAAUGGGAAGGGGCCUCACACAGGGCAGCUUUGAGCAAGGACGAUCCGAGAUACGGUCGACCCGAAGAAGGCAGCAAGACCGACAAACGCGGCAAACAGGCAGGCACUCUUAUCAGCAGCGAGAUUCGUGUCCUGUGCGAGAACAUCACAGAGUUCGGACAACCGGUGCCCGACGGCACAACGGUCAUCACUUUCGGUGAACUAUUUCAGCUGUACACAUCGAUAUCGAACAAGCUCGUGGGUAUUCUGUUGCGAGCUCGCAAGCACGGCCUCGUGACUUUUCAAGGCGAGAUGCUUUUCCAAAGGAGGGAUGACGAUGUCGUCAUCACAUUAUUGAAGUCUCUGCGCGAUCUUUACAUGGAGAUGGGCUACGAACCACACGAAUUCCGCAACGCAUGAGACACAACAUAUAUCAACACUGGCUAUACAGCUGUCCUGUUGAUGACGAGCUUUAAUCGAAACCAAAGAAGAAACUUUUAACGCGACAGUUCGAGCUGAAACUUCUGUUUUGUUCUCUGACUACGACUUCGAAUAAACAAACUCGUGGAAUA